AUGGAAGGUUGGAAUCAUACAGGUGUGAAAGAGUUCCUUCUGGUAGGAUUAACUGAAAAUCCAAAUUGGCAGAUCCCUCUCUUUUUGCUUUUCACCCUCAUUUAUUUCAUCACCCUGGUAGGCAACUGCGGGAUGAUUAUUUUGAUUUGGUUAAGCGUUCGACUUCAUACUCCAAUGUACUUCUUCCUUAGCAACCUCUCUUUCUGUGAUAUCUGCUACUCUACCAUCUUUACUCCUAAAAUGCUGGUAAAUUUCUUAUCAGAGCAUAAGUCCAGUACGUUUUCUGGAUGUGUAUUACAGAGUUUCUUUUUUGCAGUGAAUGUAACUACAGAGGCCAUCCUCCUGUCUGUGAUGGCUUAUGACCGCUAUGUGGCAAUAGCUAAUCCCUUGUUGUAUACAGUCAUCAUGACUCAAAGGGUUUGUAUUCAGAUGGUCCUUGUGUCUUACUUAGGUGGACUCAUUAAUUCCUUGACACAGACAAUAGGUUUGCUCAAAUUAGACUUCUGUGGUCCUAACAUUGUGAACCAUUAUUUCUGUGAUAUUCCCCCUCUUUUGAGACUCUCUUGCUCUGAUGCCCACACCAAUGAGAUGCUGCUUUUGAUCUUUUCUGGGGUUAUUGCAAUGUUCACUUUCAUUAUCAUCAUGGUCUCUUAUGUCUGCAUCAUCAUUGCCAUCCAGAGAAUCCGCUCAGCUGAAGGGAGACACAAAGCCUUCUCCACGUGUGCCUCGCACUUAACUGCUGUGACCUUAUACUAUGGGUCUGUGACUUUUAGUUACAUCCAGCCAAGCUCCCAAUAUUCACUGGAACAGGAGAAGGUCUCUGCUGUGUUUUAUACAUUGGUGAUUCCCAUGCUAAACCCGCUGAUUUACAGUCUUAGGAAUAGUGAUGUGAAAGAUGCUGCAAAAGGUCAAUAUUGCGGAAGAGAACUCCCACUUGACUGA